AUGCAGCUCAUAUGCUGGAGCGUGGCCGUCACCAGUGCGCUCUGCGCCAUCUUCAUGAAGAUUCCCUGGUACAAGCGUCGUGAUCCCACCUCGGGAGCCGCAAAACUGGUGGCAGCCUUCUUUGAGCGAGUCCUUUGGUCACUGUUCCUUGCCUGGUUCACGUUAGCUUGCGCAUCGGGACGAGGUGGAUUCGUCGGUCGAUUUCUGUCUUCGAGCGUCUUCACGCCAAUAAGCAGGCUGUCAUUUAACGUGUACCUAAUACACUACCCAUUCCUCAUGGCAAUGCUACACGCGUCUAGGGAGCGUAUACACGUUUCUCACUUUACUCAGGUGACCCUUUUCUUUGGGGUGCUAAUCUGGAGCUACCUGCUGGCGUACAUGGCAUUCCUCGCAUGCGAGGCCCCAACAGCAGCGCUGGACAAGCUGGCCUUUCAAGGACUGAGAGAGCGAAGAAAUUCCGUGAAGCAAGAAUCUCGGCCUGACAGUGGCGACACAGAAUUAAAACUCGAAGACGCUUCAGCUCGUCCAUUCUCGGCUCGGCUUUAACCUCAUCCAAGAUAUAUAUAUAUAGAUAUAUAUAGUUGAAUAAACGAAGGAGCACACU